UGUAUUAUGCACUCUUCACUACGAACUCUCUAGCUCUUCUUAACAGAAACACACAACAAAGUUAAGUUACAAAAGAGUAACAAGAGAUGGCAAGUAGGUAUUUAGCAGUGUUUCUUGUUGCUCUAACGGUGGUUCAAUCCGUCACCGCCGCAAGACCGACCCCGGCCAAGAAUGUCGGAGCUGGUCUUGACGACCAAAAGAAUUUUGUUGCGUUUGCUGGAGUCGGUGGAGCUGCUGGAGCAGGCCUUGGUGGUGUAGCCGGUGGAGUAGGUGGCGUCGCUGGAGUUCUACCUGUAGGUGGAGUAGGCGGAGGGAUUGGUGGUCUCGGCGGUGGUGUAGGUGGUCUAGGCGGUGGUGUAGGUGGUCUAGGCGGUG